CAUUGUUUCCUGUAUGCUGUGGACUGCCUGUUUCUUGUACGCUGUGAGCUUUUUAUUCCCUGAAUCCUGACUCCUGUCCCUGUUUGCUGUUUCCUGGUUUCUGGACAUGGCGGCGUCAACCAGCUGGGGGGCGUGUUCGUAAACGGCCGGCCUCUCCCGGACGUCGUGCGACAGCGAAUAGUGGAGCUCGCCCACCAGGGGGUACGCCCCUGUGACAUCUCCCGCCAGCUCCGCGUCAGCCACGGAUGCGUCAGCAAGAUACUGGGCAGGUACUAUGAAACGGGCAGUAUCCGCCCCGGCGUCAUCGGGGGAUCCAAACCAAAGGUUGCUACACCCAAAGUGGUCGACAAGAUUGCCGACUACAAACGCCAAAACCCCACCAUGUUUGCCUGGGAGAUCCGGGACCGGCUCCUGGCCGAGAGAGUAUGCGACAACGACAGCGUGCCCAGCGUCAGCUCCAUCAACAGGAUCAUUCGGACCAAGGUUCAGCAGCCGCCGGGCCAAGCGGGCUCAAUGACUGCUCACAAUUUAGCAACAUCAGUGGCCGCCACGCAGGUUCCUGCUGUGACCAAUGACUCUGCCGGCUCGUCGUACUCAAUCAGCGGCAUUCUGGGUAUCAGCUCGGCCGCUGACGUUGGGAAGAGGAAGCGGGAUGAAGGUCUACAGGAGUCGCCGCUGGCCAACGGGCACGGCCACAGUGGGCGGGACUUCCUCAGGAAGCAGAUGAGAGGGGAGCUGUUCUCGCCGCAGCAGAUCGAGGUAUUGGACCGCCUCUUUGACAGACAGCCGUCCUGUCCCAUCCAAUCCAGCUCUGACCUCUAUGUGAGCCCAGACCUUGGCAAGACGUCAGAUUACUCCUCCAUGGCGUCACUAGCUGGUGGUCUGGACGAGAUGAAGAGCAGUUUGGUGAAUGGCAGCACGGGGGCGGAGUUAGGAGCCAGCGUGGCCGGCCCACAAUCCUAUUCCAUAGUUCCAGGUCGAGACCUCGCCAGCACCACCCUGCCGGGCUACCCUCCUCACGUUCCGCCCACGGGACAGGGCAGCUACUCCGCCCCCUCUCUCACUGGCAUGGUACCAGGAGGAGACUUCUCUGGAAGCCCCUACUCCCAUCCUCAGUAUUCCACAUACAACGAAUCCUGGAGAUUUCCUAACCCCAGUUUAUUAGUGUUCCAGCAAGAUUACGGCUCUCUCCUGGGGACGGAGAUCGGCUGCUCGUCCACUCUCUUCAGCAGCCAGGCGGGACAGAUGCAAGGGUCGCCCUACUACUACGGCGCCACAUCCCGGGGGGCGGGACCUGCCGCCACGGCGACAGCCUCCGCCUACGACCGCCACUGACCCCGCCCACUCCGAGGAGGAGGAGGAGGAGGACGGGGGGGAUGGAGAUGGAGGAAAGGAUAGCACCAGCACCGCUCAGUACAAGCCUGCCCCGUGCACACGGACAACGCUUAUUUUGACGUGGGUAAAUAUUUUUGGACUGCCACGGAGGGCGGAGCUUUGCACUGCUCACCUGUAGAGCCUUUCAGGUGACGCGGCGCCACUGAAGCAUGUCACCACUACAUUUCUACAACAUAGCGGUGAUUAAAAGUCUUGUGAACUUCUGUGUAUGAGGGUUGGGCUUCUUUUUUUUUUUUUUAUAAAGGCGAACAAAAUCAAAUUCCUCUUUUUAUAUAACCUGCUAUCAAUCAUGCUAAAGUUCUAUGCCGUGUUACGGCCAAGUAAAAGACAAUCCAACUCUCUCAUGACCAAACGUUAGCCUCUCCCAUUCAAAGACACUUUUUUUUUUUUUUGACAAAGCACAGACUUCUCGUGUACGAUGAAGCGUGUUGGAAGGAAGCCCGGAAGGAAACAGGGAGUGUGUUAAUGUACAGGAAGGUGCUAUCCAACACACACACACACACACACGGCCCCCCCUCCCCGCCUACUUAGUACUCAUCAAGAGCUAUUUAUAACGGAGGAGGAGAAAGAGUAAUAUAUUGAGCUUUUUUGCGCCGCACUCUGCCUGUAACAAUUUAUAAAGUGUCACGCUGUUGUGCUAUAGAAUAGUGAUGAUGAUGAUGAUGAUGAUGCAGUAAAAUCUUUU